AUGAACCUUGUGUAUGCUAUGGUCUUGAAUAUCGGCAAAGAUCUGCUUUCACUAAUCUAUAUCAAGAACGAAUGCACGAAGCGGGACGUUGGGCAUCUGUGUACCAAAGAUGAGCGCCAGCCAAGAGCCAAAAGGGCGAAGACGACUCACGCCAACAAUACACAAGAAACAGAAGUUACAGAAGCAGAAAGUACUGCAGAACUGCUUGAAAGUUUCAUUGAAGGGGCGUUUCAAACUUACCCCCAAGCCCCUUCAUCUUCUACCAGGGGUGUAUCUCAGUCGAGGGUCGCCCCGGAUUAUCCCAAUCCCAAGUGGACUCCCGCCAGUUAUCCCCAGAAAGUAGAGUUGAUGCGAGAUGUCGUUGAUAUGAUGCCUACAGAGAAUGUCAUUCGCAUUCUCCAUGAAACUUUUCUCACGCGUUGUCAAGCACCCCUGGGAAAUAUAACUCAUACGCUGGCAUUUAAGCAUCAGGCUCAAAUGCUGCGUAAUUGUCUUAUCCUGGCCACUCCAGAAGCGCGCUAUAUAGGCCUGGCGACCAGGUUCACAACAGAUGAGAUUGCUUGUUUACUUAUGGCGCUUGUACUCGGUCUCGCCUUCUAUUUCUCCACGGGCCUCACUGAUGAGGCUACUGAAAGGAUGAAUACUUCUGUAGCGGCAAUCCGAGCAUCUGACUCCCCACGUGUGUGGAGAGAAUUGGCUUCCCGCUGUCUGCAGGGACGGGUUUCCAUGUUUUGUGGCUCGAUUGCAAGUUUGCAAGCUGCUAUUAUGUUUCUUCUAGACGGCUAUGAAGACUCCGUGGAGCUCGAUGCGCUUCUUGUAACUGCCAUUUCUGGUGCGCGGAAGUUAAAUCUACAUCGACUAGGAGAUGUGAAAUUGAAUUUGGCGAAUUCUAUGCGAGAUACCCUGCCUGGAAAUGGAUCGUCUUUCGCCUUGUCUCCCGUCAUACGAACAGAGAUUGGUGUUAGGAUAUGGUGGGCUCUUGUUGCGAGGGACUGGUCUCGUGGGCAAGCAUUGGGCUACUAUAAUAUCCCCCCGUCAUCAUUCAACACUCGGAUACCGUUGCACAUUAAUGAUGAUGACCUCUGUCCAACUGAUACAGGGACACAGGUUGAAAUUAAUGAAAGUCCCCGUUCAGAUUUCACGAUGCUCUCCUACACGAUCUAUUCUCUCGAGAUGGUGCCCCUUAUACGAGAACUACUGGACGUUCGAGACGUUUUCCAUAAGUCCUCCCAAAAAUCGCCGGGUGAAAAGGCCAAAGCGCGAGACUAUCUCAAUAAGAAGUAUGAGAAGUUCCUUACGGGGUUACCAUCUCACUUCCAAAUGGGGAGUUCAGAGGGAAUCGACGCAUGCGGUUCCAUGGCCGCUAUACCCGUGCACCGAUGGAUGCUACACCAACAGCUAUGGGGCAUGUUCCUGCGACUUCACCGCGAUAAUCUCUCAUCGCCUGAAGGCCGUACAACUUGUCGACUCUUGGCUAAAAGCUUCAUUGAUUGUGGUGGGCAGAUUCGAACACGUUGCACUGUAUGCGGCUCCCUCUCGAUUGGCGAUGCUCAGCUGUUUAAUGCAGCUAGUAUCUUUGUCAUUGAUUUGCUUCAUUUGUCAAGGGUCGAUACUGCAAAAGACAGUAAUGCUCGAACGAAUCAACUGAUAGCAAGAUCCACUAUUGCGAAGGCUUUGGAGCUAUUCCAAGAUAGAAAGGAUGCUACCAUUUACCCACAGAAAUAUCCGUUUCGUUGGAUGUCAGCCCUAGACUCUCAGCUACAACGAGUGAGGACUUCGACGUAUCGAUGCAUUGCGGCUCUGAAAGCCCUUUCAGACUUGGAGAAAGAGGAGUCCGACAGUUUCAACAACAGCAGUGAUAAAAAUGGGGCAGAGGAACUAGCUGGAACUAAGCAAGCCAGCUCUCUCAGAGAAAAAGUCAGGGAUACUCUAGAAAACUUGCACAAAGCCAUUGAGAAUGACUACGCCGCAAACGAGUCUUUUUCUGAACAUCUUGGGGCCUUGUCCCCACCUAGCAACGUGUCAGCGGCAGCAGAUGAUCCCGACCUCGACGUCCUGCCAAUGCUCACUAAUGACCAGAGCGGUAGUUUCUGGGAGCUCUUUGACACCUUACCGUCUUCUAAUUCUCCGAUUCUGGAAGGGAUCUUUCCGGCACCGGUCGAUUGGCUGACCAUUAUUGAUUCGAUGCCAGAAGAACCAUCUUUAGAAGAGGCUAAACCACUGGACACCUUUGACACAAUGGACUUGGCCAAUUUGUAUCAUGAUAGGGCG